AUUAUUGUCUAAACUUAAAUGUUCUAAAUAAAAGACUUUGAGUAGUUGCUUUCAAAUUGGCAGAUAUGCUGGUAAACUGAAAAGUUAAACUAGAUUUAAUUCAUAAUGACUUUUCUAACUGCAUGGUUGUCAAGGGUCCAUGAAAUCAGUACAUUUUAUGAUUGAAUAUACGAUGUAUGAAUGAACAAUUACUUAAUCUGCUUGAUAGAUAUAGUUUGUAUUUUGAAGUGUGUAUGCAUUUAAGCAGCUGGGCUCUAGGCCUGGAUGGUCAGUCAUGCGUCUUGGAGGGUUUGGCAGUUGGUUCAUUCUUCAUACGACCUGAUAUUGGGGUGUAGCCAUUUUAACCGAGAAGCAACACAGACAUUAAUAUCUGUGUAAAGGUAAACACUUCAUCUAAUUUCUGCAAACACUAAAUUUACAAUGCCAUUACAGGAUUAUUAGUGAUAUAAAUAUAAUAUCAGUGUUAUACUGGUAGAUGGCAUGUCUGCAGUAAAACAUUUAUUUCAUUGAUUCCUCAGAGAAUAUUUCUUGGAUCUUUAUGAAAACAAUUAGGCAUGUUAAUGAGAGUGAUAUUUAUGAGGUUGUGGAAUUUGGUUGAGGUAUAUGCUCUACCGAGUGACAUUCUAUUGAGUCAUUAGGUUCAUUUUCAUCUGUAACUUGCCCACAUCGAGCAACCGAAUAUCUAUUGACUGCAGAACUUCUUAAUUAAUUGUUCAACUCUACAGGUCAUAUUUUUAAACACUGCAAUGAAUUGACAUCCUUAUUAAAAUUGUAGGUCGGCUCCAUCUAAAGAAAUGUGCCAAAUCCAGGAACAUGAAAACAAAGGUUUUCUUAGGUAACCAGUAACCAAAAUGUGGUUCAAUGAGUGAAUGUAAUGACUCCAGCUAUAAACAUAUAUUAAUUUAUCCUUUAUUCGACCAGGAAGGUUCCAUAUAGAUACAAAAUGAAAAUGAAAUAAAGCUUUCCUCAUUUAACACAAUGAGGUCAUAGCUUGCUUCAACCCAUGGAAAUAGUUUUGUCAGUGUAUUCAUGUCCCUGUAUAUACACACAGAUCUCAGUAGGAUUUAGCUCUGAUUUAGUGGCUGUAGUGUGGAACAGCCUCUGCCUGCAACUUCCCAAAGUGUCCAGCUCCUCCCCUUCAUGAAGAAAAAAAGAAAAAGUCUCAGAUUUCCUCACUUCCUCUUUCCACUCUCAGCAUUCUCUUCCCGUUAUCUUUCACACUCCUCCUCUGCAUUACAACCAAAACAAGACACAGCGUAUAUAGUUUUACUGGCCAUGGAGGGCCCUGAGCCAACAACUAGAGCGACAGCAACACGACAAGAUGGGAACCAGGAGUUGCUGAUGACCAGCAAACCUCUGCAUCGAUUUAUCCAGAAGGAGCCCAAGGUUCUUGGGAUUGUCAUUCUGAUCUUUGGCUGCGCAGAGCUCCUGAUGGGAUUUCAUCUGGCGUCUGAAACUGUGCAAAACUCUUGUGCAAUCUACAUCCCCUUCUGGCAGGGAAUUCUGUUUCUUGUCUGUGGAAAACUGUCUGUCUACACCGGGAUACAUCCAUCCAAGAAGAUGGUGACUGUGUGUUUGGCCAUGUAUGUGGUUUCCAUCUUGGGGGUCGUAGUCUCCAUUGGUUUCAGGAUAUACUGCUUAUCCUAUUUAGGCUACCUUAAAUACAUGACAAGACACGCAGAGGACAAGGACUGGGCCCUGGGCAGAAUUGAACAGCUGUUUGGUGUUGAAGGCUUACUGUUCACGUCCUCUCUGUGUGUGGCAGUGAUCCUCAUCUUCUUGUCUUCUGUCGCACGUUUAGCACUGAAAUCCACAAACACGCAGGUUAUUGUCAGGUGCAUCCCGGCGCCAGCACAGAGUGACGCAACACCGAACUAAGAUCAGUCUUUUCCAAUCAUCAGUCUACUAAUAUUUCAUAUUGUUUUCCUGCAGUUCAUGUAAACAUAUCACAAUUCUCUACAAUAUAUUACAUGUGAAUGAUACACCACCUAGUGGCUUUUACUGUACGUUACAUUACAACUUGACAGUAUGUGUAACAGUGUAUGGUGUAAGCACAGAUGUCUGACAAGAAAGAAAUGCAUUACUAAACAAAAUUUGCUUUUUGUAAAACCUUUUUUGAAUGCACUUAUUAAGGGGAACACAGUUACCACUAUUAUAUGCAGGAAGGCUUAAGUGUACUUACUGUAUAAACACUUCACGUUAUUACAUUAACCACACUGCACAUUAGACUUUGAAUCAAAGCCUGAAAGUUAUGACUCUUACACAAUGUUAUAUCACCUAAUGUUAUAGUGAUAGGUUUAAAGGGGAGACAUAUAUUAAGUUUACAUUGGAGUAAGUAGGUGUUAGUACCUUUUGUGUUUGCUCCCCAAUCACAUGAAAUCCAACCAUGAAGGUUUUGAAUCUAGACACAUCCACCCAGUAAGAGUUUCAACAAUGUAUGAUGGACACUUUGAUAUUUCUGAUCAGCUGCAUCAUUACUACAGUAUGUUUUGUGUUUGGGCCAACUGUGAGUUAAAACAUCCUCUGUGUGAUCCCCUUAUGUACAUUUAUCCCAAAGACAAAUAAUAUACAAUCAUAAUCAAAACUGCAUUUGGUAUAUUGGAAUAGAUUUGGGUUAGAAUCUGCUUGCAGAUUGUUCAUGAUCAUUAGCAUAUUCCUAGCUUAGCAUUUGAUGUAUAUGUUUAUAUAGUUCAACAUGUUCGACAUGACUGUGAUAUACUGAGCCUAACUGGAAACCGGUUGCCAUCUUUUUCCUGUGAAUGUGUGAAGAACAGAUUUGGACGGGGGUCACUUUUCAAGUAGCUUUAGCUCUUAACUAUAUUUGAUGCAAUAAAUGUGAUGUAUGUUGUUUGUUUAAUACAGAAUAAAAGUAAAAAUGAUGCUCA